AUGGAGGCCGCCGCAACGAAGAGGAAGCUUCCCGUUGAGGAGUCCACUCCGGUGAAGAAGGCUCGCCAUCAGCCAUCGACAGAAAUCGACGACAAUUCCUCGGCUUCAUCAACACCUUCUUUAGCAGAUACGGCCACGGCUACCGCGACCGCUUUCACUACCACGUCUACCACCACAAGACGGGAGAAGAAGUUUGUAUGCCCAUACGAAGGAUGCAACUCGGCAUAUGAUCGGCCUGUGCGACUGAAGGGACACAUCAACACUCACACUGGAGAACGUCCAUUCGCAUGCAACGAGCCAGGCUGCGGCAAGACAUUCUGCAAACCUGAGCACUUGCUACGCCAUGUGGAUCAGAAUCACGGCGGAGAAACAUUCACAUGCACGAGAAAGAUUGGUCCAGAUGAGACGUGCGGCAAACAGUUCACUUCAUCGUACAGGCUGAGACGCCACGAGGCUCGUCACCAAGAGAAGGAUGAGACGACAUGUACGUGGGAGGGAUGUAACAAGGUAUUCCGCAAGCAGGACACAUUGCAACGCCACAUCAGGAAGGACCAUCUCGGCGAGGACUCAUACGUCUGUGACCAUGACAUGGGCAAUGGAGAAACGUGCGGUCAAAGUUUCGCGACUCCAGGUUUGCUCAAGGGCCAUACGCAGCGUGAACACGCUGCGCCGAAAUACUGGUGUGACAUUUGCACCAACGCUGCCAAUCCUGAAGUGGAGGAACUCAGUGCACCAAUUCACAACGAUCUGGAUCCCGAGUUCUUACCGACGGCGGAGGAUCUGAUGGAGAUUCCCGAGGGAGUUAAUGCCGACCUCAUGCGCAACCUCUCUGUAGAAGACAACGCACCCAGAGUUGUCCGACUACCCGCCGGUCUUGUGUCUUUUCCGACUCUGCACGACCUCCAGCGACAUAACAAAGCUGUGCAUCCGCCAAUCUGCAUCGAGUGCGGGAAGAAGUGCAGGAGUGGAAAGGUGUGCCAAGGCAAGCAAUGCCUGUCUGUUCAUCGACUAACAAAAUCCCAGGACUUGAGAGCGCACAUCGACAUCGAACAUCCGCCAUCUGGUAUCCCGGUAGAGAUGCCACCACCAGAGAAGAAGUUCGUCUGCCCGUACGAUGGCUGCAUUCGCUCGAUCAUUGGCAACGGCUUCACCAAGAAAGGCAAUGUCGCAGCUCACGUGAAAAGCAUGCACAAGAAGGAAAAGAAUUUCAUCUGCGGCGAGUUCGAUCUCAGCGACAACGACAAGGUGGCCGGCUGGCAUGGCGAUGGCUGCGGUCAAAAAUUGAGCUCGAAGCAAGGCCUCAUUGCUCAUGUGCGAACGCAGCAUCUUUGCAUUCAAGCGGCUGUUGGCAAGCGAACUGGCCUCAAGGACGAAGAUCGGAAGAGGCCGAUUAGAAGGACGAGAAGCGCAAUGACCGACUCCGACGACAUUUUCAAAUCCGAGGAAAUGGAUGUCGACUACGAGCAGACCCACGCUGAUCCCGAUCUGACCAUGGCUAUGCUCACCGGCUCUGGAUAUGAGCACUUCCGUCCGAUUGCAUGCCUUGAGCAAGGCUGUCAGGUACGUUUCGCGAGACAGCAACUGCUAGAGAAGCACCUGGAGCUCUCGCAUGGCUGGCAGAUUGAAGACGUCGAGGACGCUAUGUCUCGUCCGGAGGAAAUGGGCGACCAAGCGGAAGAGAUACUUCGACGCGAACUUCAGGAAGGUAUGGCAGGCAUCGUCAACGUUGAUCCACGGCUGCAGGGUGCUGGAGUUGCGGUCUAG